AUGCGGCUACUGCAUCGAGAUGACGCCAACACGUACACCGUCACGGACGAUCUGCGCCCUGACGACAUUCCCCCAUACGCAAUCCUUUCCCACACCUGGGGCGCCGACGAGGUCAUCUACAACGAUGUCAAAACGAGUUCCAAUGACUGGCAUCAGAAAGCCGGCUACGAUAAGAUCGAGUUCUGCGCCGAUCAGGCUAAGCGACAUGGCCUGCAGCACUUCUGGGUAGACACCUGUUGUAUCGACAAAUCCGACGCCAUCGAACUCCAGACUGCGGUCAACAGCAUGUUCAGAUGGUACCGUGGCGCGAAGCGAUGCUACGUGUUCUUGUCUGACGUCUCCUGUCCAUCAAACUCCUGUUCUUCGACAUCCAGUCAGCAGCCAGGCGUAGCGUUGUGGGAGACAGCUUUCCGAGGCAGUCGGUGGUUCACGCGGGGCUGGACCUUACAAGAGCUCAUCGCCCCGCAGAUUGUCGAGUUUUACUCGAAGGAAGGGGUCUUCUUGGGUGAUAGGAGGUCGCUGGAGGCUGUCAUACGCGACGUAACAGGUAUCCCUGCAGAGGCUCUGAGAGGCACGCCAUUAUCUGAAUUUACGACUUCCGAACGCGAGGCAUGGGUUCGCAACCGGGAAACAAAGUAUGAGGAAGACAUGGCAUACUCGCUGCUUGGGAUAUUUGGUGUUCACAUGCCACUCAUCUACGGGGAGGGUCGCGAGCAAGCACAUAGAAGAUUGCGAGAAGAGGUCCAGAGAUCUUUCUCGAUCAGCUUCAGCCUGUCGGGCGUCCCCGAGACUCCACAUUUCGUAGCAAGAGAUGGAGAAGUAGCCGAGAUGCGGAGAGUGCUGUGCUCGGAUGGAAGCCGUCGCGUUGUCGUGCUCCAUGGUCUCGGUGGCAUUGGCAAGACACAGCUCGCUGCGACCUAUAUCAACCGAUAUCGGGACGAGUACUCUGCCAUCUUCUGGCUCAAUAUCAAGGACGAGGCGUCCAUUCAGCAGAGCUUUGCUAGGGUCGCAACGCAGAUUCUCGAACAGAAUGCCGACACCGGCAGCCUCAAGGCACUGGACCUGCAGCAAGACCAUAAUAAAAUAGCUCAGGCCGUGAAGGCAUGGCUCAGCUUGCCAGGCAACACCAGAUGGCUCCUCGUGUACGAUAACUACGACAACCCCAAGCUCCCCGGGCGGAGAGCCGACGCGGCGGUCGACAUACACCAAUUUCUGCCGAUGGCACAUCAGGGGUCCAUAGUGAUCACAACACGGCUGGCGCAGAUCGACAUAGGACACCACAUCCGAAUUGAGAAACUAAAAUCCAAACACGAGAGUCUGCAAAUAUUGUCAAAGGCAUCUGGCCGGAUUGGCUUACAAGAUGAUGGUGAUGCACAAGAACUUGUGCGAGAACUGGACGGGCUUCCUCUCGCUCUAGCUACAGCCGGAGCAUAUCUGAAGCGAGUCCCGGUUAGCAUACGCAAGUACCUUCGUUACUACCAGGAAUCCUGGGCCAGAGUUACCAGUGAUCUGUAUCUUGGAUCCUAUGCAGAUCGUACCUUGAGUUCGACAUGGCAGCUGUCGUAUGAGCAUCUUCAGGCACAGAACCCACUCGCGGCUAAUCUGCUCCGGUGGUGGGCCUACUUCAACAACGAAGACAUAUGGUUUGGUCUUGUCCAAGCGAGAAGCCGAAUGGGCCCGGUGUGGAUGAAGCAGCUUUCAGAGGAGCUCAACUUCAACGAUGCGAUAGGCUUACUCCACGAUUACAGCUUUGUCGAACCUACAACCAUGUUCCAGGAGACACAGGGAUACAGCAUACAUGGCUGCCUUCAUUCUUGGACAAUGCAUAUAUUGAACAAGGAGUGGGACGGCUGGUUGAACAAGCUUGCAGUCGAAAGCGUGGCGUCGCAGGUUCCAUCCAACGUUGAACCUGAAUACUGGCUGCUUCAGAAAAGGCUGGUACCACAUGCGAUCCAGUCUUGUUCAACGGUACGGGAAAACGAUCUUCCUUCGAACUGGGUUUUUCAUUCUCUAGGCAAUCUUUACCUCCAUCAGGGCAAGCUGGACGAGGCCGAGAAGAUGUACUCGCGAGCGCUCCUCGAAAACCUUGGGAGCCUUUACAAAGAUCAGGGGAAGCUGAGCGAGGCCGAGAAGAUGUACUUGCGGGCGUUAUAUGAAUACGAGAAGGCGCUUGGACCGGAUCACACAUCAACGUUCAGUACAGUCAACAACCUUGCGAUCCUUUACUCAAAUCAGGGGAAGCUGGACGAGGCCGAGAAGAUGUACUUGCGAGCGCUGGAUGGGAAAGAAAAGGCACUUGGACCCAAUCACACAUCAACGCUCACUACAGUCGAAAACCUUGGGAGCCUUUACAAAGAUCAGGGGAAGCUGAGCGAGGCCGAGAAGAUGUACUUGCGGGCGCUCCAUGGAUACGAGAGGGCACUUGGACCGCAUCACCCAGCGAUGUCCACUACAGUCAAUAAUCUUGGGAACCUUUACAAAGAUCAGGGGAAGCUGGAUGAGGCCGAGAAGAUGUUCUUGUGGGCGCUCGAAAUGAAAGAGAGGUUAUUUGAACCUAAUCAUCCAUCAACGCUCACUACAGUCAACAACCUUGGGAGCCUUUACAAAGAUCAGGGGAAGCUGAGCGAGGCCGAGAAGAUGUACUUGCGGGCGCUCCAUGGAUACGAGAGGGCACUUGGAACGGAUCACACAUCAACGCUCACUAUAGUCGAAAACCUUGGGAGCCUUUACAAAGAUCAGGGGAAACUGAGCGAGGCCGAGAAGAUGUACUUGCGGGCGCUCCAUGGAUACGAGAGAGCUAUGGGACUUGACAAUGUUGCGACAUAUUGA